GCUCGAAGCGCUGGCUCAUUUCAUUUUUUGAUUCUACGAGGGGUGCCAGCUUUGGCUUCAUCCUUGAUGCGAAGCCAAUGGGGAAUUGCCAAUGUUUCGAAGGCUUCGGCAUCCCCAAGAAGGAGAGCUUCAAAGUUUGCAUAUGCGGCGGUGCAACCAGCAUAGGUCAGCAGUUGGCACUUCUCAUGGCUACAAACACCAUGGUCAAGGAGCUCUCUGUCUAUGAUCUGGAGGGCGGCAUGGUCCCUGCAGAAGGGGUGGCCACUGACCUGUCCCAUCUCGAGUUUCCAUGCAGAGUCAAAGCCUAUUCCCUGCCUGCUCAGGCAAGACCGGUGAAAGACUUGCCGGCAGCCUGCUUGGAGGGCUGUUCACUGGUGCUUGUCACUGCAGGAGUUCCUCGGAAGCCCGGACAGAGCCGGAAGGACUUGCUUCAAGUGAACGCGGGAAUCGCAAAGCUAGUUGUGGAGGCAUGUGCAAAGCGAUGCCCAGAGGCGAUCGUGGGGCUCAUCGUGAACCCUGUAAAUUCUGUGGUGCCUGCCAUGGCGAGGCUCUACGAGAAGAAAGGCUUGGAUCCCAGGAGGAUCAUCGGCGUCACUACGCUGGAUGUGGUCCGAGCCAACAAGUUUGUCUUCGAAGCGACUGGCGCGCCGGUGGAUUCCAUAAACGUGCCUGUGAUUGGCGGACACGCCGGCAAGUCAGUCUUGCCGCUUUUCUCACAGGAGAAAGCCUGUGCUGAUCUCUCGCUGGAGCUCCGGAAGUCAUUGGAUGUCCGAGUUCAAGAUGCAGGAGCAGAAAUUGUGCGUGCGAAGUGUGGGAAGGGCAGCGCCACACUCUCACUAGGUUAUGCUGGGUACUUGCUGGGCAGUGCUGUGCUAAAUGGCUUGGCGGGAAAUCGCACCACGGAGUGCGCCUUCGUCAAGUCCAAUGUCACGGAGCUGCCGUACUUUGCGUCACCGGUCACUUUUGGGCCUCGGGGCGUUGACCGUGUGCACCAGCUGCCACGUCUGGACAACUACGAGAAGGAGCGCUUAAAGGAAGCAAAAUCGAUUCUUCAAGCUGAGAUCAAAAUGGGCCUGGACUAUGCGGAGAGCACUGACCUGGCGAUCUGAGCAAUGGCCCGACAGACCACGUAGAAGACACCGGAAACGGCCC